GGCUUUGCUUAUGCAAAUAAAUCAAAUCCGGAAGUAAUUACAAAUGAUACGUGGCCAGAGAUAGCGGGAGUAUUAAAAACCAAUACGGUAUUGAAAUAUGAUCAAACUUUAAAAACCGUAGAAGCAUGGGGUUUACCAGCGUUAGCACAAAGACCUUCGAGACGAGCAGAGAGAAAUAGUACUUCAAAGCCUGUUGAGUUAUUUAAGCUUCAUUUGGGUAGUAUGCCUGAUAAGGAAAAACCUUCGUUACCAAAAGGGUUGGAUUUUAAAAAGGCUAUUACAGAUUACUUAAGAGAACUAGGUUUGAUCAAAGAAACUGUAGAAACGCGUUGGCCAAACGUUAAUUUCAUGGAACAAGUAUUGUUGAUUAUGACAGUUCCUGCGGAGUUCUCUGAACAAGCAAAUGCAAGUCUUAGAGCUUGUGCCUACAAAGCAGGUUUAAUUGGAACUCAGCAAUCGGAAAAAUUACAAUUUUCUACUGAACCUGAGGCUGCCGCUAUAUAUUGUAUGAAAACAUUAAAGGAACAUAUGAUCAAUGAUGUUGGCAGUUCAUUUAUGAUAGUGGAUUGCGGUGGUGGUACUGUGGAUCUUACAACUCGUGAAUUAUUGGAAAAUGAGAGACUAGGUGAAAUUACUGAACGUUCGGGUGAUUUCUGUGGUGGUACAUAUGUAGAUAAAGAAUUUAUAAAAUUUUUAAGACGAAAAGUUGGUGAUUCGUCUAUAACUUUGUUAUAUGACAAUCAUUAUGGUCAAUUACAAUUUAUGGUACAAGAAUUCUGUCGUCGUGUUAAAUUACCUUUUACUGGUAAUAGGAAAGAGUUCAAAACUCAUGAACUUGACAUCGAGGCAGUAUGCCCAAUUCUGAAACAAUAUGUAUCAGGAACUUCAAGGUCAAAAUUAGAAAAAGAUGAGUGGAUAAUCGAUUUAGAAUAUGAAGAUGUUAAAUCAAUGUUUGACCCUGUAGUAGGCAAGAUUAUUAGAUUGAUUAGUGGCCAACUUAAUGCUGGUGCCGGUUCGGGAACUUGCUCUGCGAUGUUUUUGGUCGGUGGGUUUAGUGAGAACAAGUAUCUUCAAAUGAGAAUUAAACAAGAGUUUGGAGCUCAAGUUAAGAAUAUUAAUGUCCCGAAACAACCGAUUGCUGCUAUCGUAAGAGGUGCAUUGGACUACGGACUAAACAUGAAAACUAUUAAAACUAGAGUUCUAAAAUGGACCUACGGAAUCGAACUAUCUCCACAAUGGAAAAAAGGUGAUCCACCGGAACGUAAGAUCUCUCAUGGACGUAUCAACAUUUUUAGUAAACUUGUUUCUCGUGGAACUAUAGUUGAUGUAGAUCAAGAAUUUGGUAAAGACUUAUUUCCAAGUAUAGAAGAUCAAUCAGCUGCUAGUAUGAAAAUUUAUAAAACUUCUGCAUAUGAAGCAAAAUAUCCUGAUGAAGAAGGAAUGGAAAAAUUAGGAGAAUUGAUAUUAGAUUUUCCAGAUACUCAUUUAGGAUUUAACCGAAAGUUAGAAUUUAAUUUAACAUUUGGACAAAUGGAAAUUCGUGCUUAUUGUAAAAAUCAAAAUGGAAAGAGCGUUGAUGCUGUAUUUAACUUAGAAUUUUAA